UCGGUCUGACAAGGCUGGCAACUGUUUUUAACAGAUAUGCUAUGAGGGCGUUUGUAAAUAAAUCAUAAGCAACCAAUACAUUCCAGUUUGAUGGAGACAACAUCUAAAACACCAUCAUCUGCGCCCAGGGAUACAAGUGAAAUGGACCAUCGGACUGGGCACUCUCGUGGAUACGUUAUGUCAGACAGCGUCUCCCUGCCCUCCUUUGCCGAGUACCCCACGGACCGGCCUUUUAUCAACGCAAACAUUCCCCGACGGUCCCUCAACAAGCCUGUAAAGGCAUUUCCAGAGAGCAACACUGCAGCCAUUCUGUCGGCGCUUAAGAACUUGCAGGAGAAGAUCCACAGGCUGGAGCUGGAGCGGUCGCAAGCAGAAGAGAACCUGCAGCGCCUGACCCAAGAAACCACCCGACACAAGGCCGUCCUGGAGGAUGAGAGGGAGGGCAGCACACACAGCCAAGAACUAGCCACGCUGCUGGCUGCGGCUGAGUCGCGCUGCAGCCUCCUGGAAAAGCAGCUGGAGUAUAUGAGGAGGAUGGUGCGCAAUGCCGAGUCGGAGAGGACGGCUGUGCUGAAACAACAGGCGUCCCUAGAGAAGGAAAGAUCAGAUGACCAUGCAGACGUACAGGCCAAGUUUGAGAAGCUGGAUAUGUUGGAACAGGAGUACAUGAAGCUCACUGAGACUCAGAAUCUAGCAGAGAGUAAAAUCAGAGAGCUGGAACAGAAGCUGCAGGAGGAGGAGCAUCAGAGGAAGCUGGUUGAAGACAAGGCUGCCCAGUUACAGACAGGGCUAGAGGCCAAUCGCAUCCUCCUCCAGGCAGUGUCCCCCUCCUCAGCCAAGGUCACAAAAGAUAAGAAGAAAAAACGUGCUGUCAAGAAGCCACUGCAGCAGUGUCACUCACAUGCACAGCCACAUUACAGACUGAGCCUAGGGGAUGUGCCUUUUGUGGCAGGAACGUCCACGAGUACGAGCCAUUCGGUCCGCGCCAACGUGCAGCACGUCCUGCACCUCAUGAAGCAGCACAACCCCCAGUUCUGCAACGACCGUGUGCUCAGCGGCAUACCGUUGGCCAGGAGGUCCUCCCGGACGACCAAUGGGAAGAAGGCUUCAGACUCCCGGUCUAGCAGCACUUCCUCCUCUUCCUCUUCCAGCAGCGAGGAGCUGUCAGAGCUUCUGCUGGCCCUGCAGGAUGAGUUCGGCCACAUGAGCUUUGAGCACCAAGAGCUGGUAAAGCAGAUUCAGGACUCGCGGACAGACGGUCUGCGGCAGCACCUGGAAAAGGAGCUGGAGAGCUUGGUGAAGCGAAUGGAGGGCAAAGGGGAGCAGAUCGCCAAGGUGCGGCGGCACCAAGCACAGAUGGAGAAGCUGAAAAAGGAGUCGAGGGGUCAGAAAGGGCACCCCAGCAGGGUGAAGGUGAUCACUACGGUGACCACACGAGGUAGAGGGGCUGGACCAAUCAAGGUGAAGUCAGGGAACAAGAGCAAAGACAGCCUAAGGCUGCUGAGGGAUAUGCAGAGCCUUCAGACCUCCCUGCGCAGUGAUCAGAUCAACUGGAGCUACUGAGUGUGUGUGUGUGUGUGUGUGUGUGUGUGUGUCACAGACUCUGGUAGAACCAGCAUCAUUUUUACCCUGUGGUCUUGACAUCAUCAUGCCAAUGGACAUUAAACAUAAAAUCACAGGAAGUGUUUAAUUAUGCUGCGGACAUGGCACAAAAACUGGUCCUAGGUCUGCUGGAACCACUAAACAGGGUGUUUUGGAACUCCGGAGGGAGCUUCUUACUUUUGCAGUGUAGAGACUGCAAGCACAAACAUUGAGGGGCGUCAGCUUUCGUCUCUUGACACUACAGCAGAGUCAGUACACGCUGCACAUCUUGAAGCCCGUCCAGUUAAAUAGCAGUUUAUGGGCUCUUUAAUUGUACUGGAACCUAACCUUGUGUUUAUAAAGGAAUGGAAGGUCAGAAUCACCGUGAGAAAGCUCGCUUAGUUCUGGAAGAUCUAAAGUUAACCUUCAAGCCACUUGUGCCUCAGCAAUCACAAAUUGUUCUCCGUGGAAAGAGGGCUUCUCAAAUCCACAAUCUGAAGUUUACAACCAACUGACUGAGCAAAUGGGAAGUGUCAGAACUCCGCAACUGUGAUGAAAUGUGGCAGCGAAGGCUGAGAUCAGGCCUACUUUCACUUCCUAGUUCCUGCUCAGAAAUUUGAAAGUGUGGGGGAAAAAAAAAAAACUUGACUAUUUGUUGUAACUGAAGAAGAAUGUAGAAGUCACAUUUUUCUCUGACGUUUCAUGGACUGACUUCAGGGGUUUCCAUAUAUAUAGUUUGUGGAAUUCUGAUGUUUUACAAUAAAGUAUUUAUUUUUUA